GACCGGUUUGAGCAUCAUAAAAUUCGUACACACACAACUUUAACCUAGAAGGAACUACUAUUCUCCAGUCGCUAGCAACACAACAUCACUCUCCUUCUCCAGUAGCUUUCGCUUCCCUUGCUUCAUCCUUUGAUUUUAAAGAGUGCAAUGACAACCCAAAAUGACAUCCCUCCUGUUCCUAGUGCGCACAAUGUUGGCAUGGCUUUUGUCGCACAAUACUACCCCAUUCUCCAAGAACAUCCGGAAUCGGUUUAUAAAUUUUAUCAAGAUUUAAGCGUAAUAAGCCGGCCAGAACCUGAUGGUGGUAUGAUAUCAGUGACAACCAUGAAAGAUAUUAAUGACAAGAUAUGUUCUAUGAAUUACAAGACAGCAGAGAUAUUGACUGCAGAUGCACAGGAUUCAAUGAAAGAUGGAGUGAUUCUUCUGGUUACUGGAUUCUUAACUGGUGCAGACAACCUACGAAGAAGAUUCACACAAACAUUUUUUCUUGCUCCACAGCAUGUAGGUUACUUUGUUCUCAAUGAUGUUCUCAGGUACAUUGAUGAAAAUGAUCCUUUAGAUGCUAACACAAUUUCGGUUAGUGGGAUUGAUGACACCCCAUCAGCCAGCCUGACACCAGAUCCAGAGCCAUCACAUGUGCUUGAUCCUCCAGUAUUAAACCAGGAGAAGUCCCAAGUUGAGGAGCUUCCAAGUAUUGAGAUAAAGACUGCUGACCCAAAAGGAAAUGAGAGUGAGUUGGUGAGUACAAAAGCUGCUCCAUCUUCUGAAUCUCACCCCAUAGAGAAUCAUAUUUCAGCAGCUCUAGACACAGCUUCUUGUGAUGCUGAAGAGGAUGCUCCAAAGAAGUCAUAUGCGUCCAUUGUAAGUUCUCACACAAAGAAGGGAAUCUCAGGAACUGUUAAGAUGUAUGUGCCUACUAAUACCGCAAAGGUUGAUUCUCCGAAGAUUGAAAAGCCUCCUGUCAAGUCUAUCUCACAAGAGCCAGCUCCAGCUGCUUCAGUUCCUAAUGUUCCAGCAAGUAACCAUGCAGAUGAUGAGGGUGACGGCCACUCUAUCUAUGUGAAGAAUUUGCCUCUAAGCGUAACCCCCAAUCAGCUUGAGAUGGAGUUUAAGAGAUUUGGGCCAAUUAAACAUGGUGGAGUUCAAGUAAGAAGUAACAAGGGAUUUCGCUUUGGCUUUGUGGAAUUUCAAGAUGUGAAUUCUAUGAACAAUGCAAUUCAGGCUUCACCAGUUACAAUUGGGGAUCGUCAAGCAACUGUUGAGAUAAAGAGAACGACUACUCGAGUGGGAAAUGCAGGGAGCAACUCCCGUGGUCGUUUCUCUUCUGGACGAGGAGGGUACAGGAAUGACAGCUUCAGAGGCCGUGGAAAUUACAGUGGUGGAAGGGGUUAUGGCAGAAAUGACUUUGGUGGUCGUGGUGAAUAUUCUGGGCGUGGAAGGGGUCCAGGUGGUCGCAAUGGAGAUGGAAACCAGCAAGGAAGGGGACGAGGGGGCCGUCGAAGUGGCCCGAGUCAAAAUGUAGUUGCGUCUUAGAAAUUAUGGGUUAGUUAUUUAGGACAGUUUUAUAAAGAAAAUUAUAUGAGCAAUGCAGAUGUGAGCACUACAAAAGUUCAUGGUAAGUUAUUUAGUGAUGUCAGAAACUGUACAACUUCAUUGAUUUCAAUAUGAAGUUCGACUUCAAAACACAAAUUAGUAAGAACAUGGGAUGUAGUUUUCAGGUAUUAUUUCCUAACAAAAUUUUGUUUAGGUGGU